AUGCGAAGGUUCGCUAUUCCAAGCCGGUUGGAUACCAUCCGCCCUCUCGAGGGCGUCACCGCGGAGGACGAAAAUCAGAUCUGGACCUGGAAUAAGACGGUACCAAAGCCAACGAAUCGCUGUAUACAUGAAUGGGUUCAUGAACAAGUAGAAAGUCACCCAGAUCAUGUGGCAGUAUCUGCUUGGGACGGUGAGCUGACUUAUCGUCAGCUCGAUGACAUCUCUACCUGCCUCUCACUCCACCUGAUUCAGACUGGUACCAACCCCGGAAGCUUUAUGCCCCUCUGUUUUGAAAAGUCAGUUUGGGUUUCUGUCAGCAUGCUGGCCUCUCUAAAGGCCGGGGCCGCCUUUGUUUUUUUGGAUCCCACACACCCAGAAUCAAGGCUCCGGUACAUCAUAAAGAAGACAGACGCUACGGUACUCUUGUCAUCGAUUUCAAAUGCUUCCCUCAGCUCGAAGCUAAUCGAUCGAGUCAUUGCAGUGGGCCCUGGACUGAUCCCAGACCCCCUGGACAGCACAUUACGACUGCCUUCAGUCAGCCCAUCUUCGCCCAUGUACGUGAUUUUCACGUCUGGAAGCACCGGUGUUCCCAAAGGAGCAAUUAUUUCACAUACCGCUUUCGCAACUAAUGUUACAUUCCAAGCAGACCAGUUUGGCUUUACUCCUUUAUCACGCAUAUACGACUUUACUAAUCAUAUAUUUGACGACUUUAUACAUUAUACGAUGAUUGGUCUUAUUACAGGAUGCACUCUUUGUGUACCUGAAGAGAAGGAGCGGAACGGAAAUUUAAUGCAGUCGAUUACUUCCGCCAAGGCAACCAUUUUGUAUUUGACGCCUUCCGUGUCUCGUGUCCUAGACCCUGCUCGGUUGACGACCCUGGAGACAAUACAGCUGGGUGGUGAAGUCGUCACAGUCUAUGACGCCCAACGCUGGUGGCGUCGUGGUGCAUGUAGAUUUGUCAAUGGAUACGGACCAGCUGAGUGCACGACGAAUACAGUCGUCAAUGCAGACGCUAAAAGUCCCGAAGAGGCCACUAGAAUUGGCAAAGGCUCUGGGUCUGUCACUUGGAUUGUCCACCCAGACGAUCACAACAAGUUAUUGCCUAUUGGCAUGACAGGCGAAUUGGUUAUAGAGGGCCCUCUUGUGGGAAUCGGCUACCUUAAGGACGCAGAAAGAACAGCCGCAGCAUUCAUCCAAGAUCCGGCGUGGUUGUUACAAGGUUCCCGGAAGCAGGACGGCCGGCGCGGCGUCGUAUAUAAGACUGGGGAUUUGGUUCGAUACAAUCAAGAUGGCAGCCUUUCUUAUGUAGGUCGCAAGGAUACGCAAGUCAAAAUCCAUGGACAACGCAUCGAGCUGGGCGAAGUGGAAUACCAGGUCCGAGCAUGUGUUCCGCAAGCACGGCGCGCUGCGCAAGUGGUGGCAGAAGUUAUUUCCACAAGUGGCGGCGGGGCUAAUGUACUGGCUGUAUUCAUUUCUACGGACCAACACGAAUCGAUGAGUCGAUCCCUCACAGUGUUGGGACUUUCUAGCCAGGCUGAGGACAAGCUGGCCGAGAGUCUUCCUGGAUACAUGAUCCCCCGCGUAUUUUUCGCUUUACUGGAAAUGCCCCUGACAGCGACCGGCAAAACUGAUCGUAGGAAACUGCGUGCUAUGGCAGCCGACUUUUCGACGCAGCAUCUUGCCGAUCUUGGUAUUCACAGGCAGAGUGGGAAGAAGCGAAUGCCAUUCAGUGAGGCGGAAAAGGCAGUGAGUGCCCUAUGGGCUAGGGUACUCAAAAUCGACGAAACUACUAUUGGCAUUGACGACAGCUUCUUCAACUUAGGCGGCGACUCGAUGACUGCCAUGCAGAUAUCCUCUAGUGCUCGUUCUUUAGGUCUUGACAUUCCAACUGGGGAGAUUCUACACCGGAAGACGAUCGGUCGACUUUGCCAACACUUAAUCAUGUAA